ACCGUCUCGCCGACCUGCUCGCCCGACCGGUCCGUGGCCCACUGGAUUGCGUAGUUAACGAGAUUUCCGGUCUGCGAACACGUAUGUGUACGUGUGUGUUGUGUGUGCGUGUGCGCGCGCGCGCGUAUGGAUAUUUGCGUUUUGGAGGGAUCUACCGGUAUUGUCAACCGGCAUUGUUGGAAGUUCUACGACGGUAUACGCAGUAAACGCCGUCGAAUCCACCAACCGACCCGGUCCCUGCACCAUCACCGGUAAUUACUAAUGCACUGUACAAAAUCAAAAUCAAUAUCAAUGGCUAUAGAUUAAGAGUCAAUAUGAUAAGAGGUGAAAUGAUUGUUUGGUUUUCCGUCAUCAUUGCGGUGAUUGGUUGGUGCGUGGAUUGUUACAUCGAAGACUUGUGUCCUAAUUGUAAUCUCUAUCAAGAUUCAGCUGAGGUUCGGUCCCACUGCGCCUACCCGUGCCAGUGCGCCAACAGGGACCCGGUUUGCGAACCGGGCGUGCCGCACACCCGCGACGGAUGCGGUUGCUGCCCCGUGUGCGCCCGACAGGAUGGAGACCCGUGCGACGGCAUUGCCGUGUGUGACCAAAGGAAAGGUCUGGUAUGCCAGUACGACGACUACUACAGCCCGGCCGGCAUAUGCAGAGUAGUAAAAGGCUUACCGUGUACGGUAUACAACAAGACGUACGACAACGGAGAAACGUUCAGACUAGAUUGCAGAACGCAGUGCACGUGUCAGAACGGCACUUAUGCCUGUGCGUCGUUGUGCCCACAAGAAAAUAUAUCUCCUCAAGGGCUUUGCAGGCACCCCCGGUUAGUCGAAGUGCCCGGACAGUGCUGCAGGGAAUGGAUGUGUGACAACGUAAAUAUGGAAAGGCCGCCAAAUUGUGAAGCAUUGGUCACACCGUGGGCGGAAUGUUCAUCCCAGUGUGGAUUAGGCCUUUCUAGGCGCAUGUCUAAUGCAAAUGAAGCGUGUAAGCCUAAUAACGAAACUAGACUUUGUCAAAUAAGGCCGUGUCACUCGCCACCAUUGGUGAAUGCUAAAUAUGCAAGACACCAUCACAUUCGAAAGGGCCACGAGUGCAAGGCGACGAUCAAGUCGACGACACCGGUCCGGCUGAAGUUCGGCGACUGCCGGAGCCGGAAGACCUUCCACCCGAAGCGGUGCGGCGCCGCGUGUCCGUCCUCGGGCGGCGGCAGUGGCAUCGUGUGCGCUCCCGAGCUCAGCACCACCGUCAAGGUGGAAUUUCUGUGCCGGAGCCCGGUGGAAGGCCACGACCGGCUAGACGGCGCUGUGCCCGGCGACGAUCUCUGGGAACCCGUUCGCCGGCCCUUCUCGGCCACCGCCGACGACUAUGUGCACAGCGUGUACGUGGACGUCGAGUGGAUCGUCAAGUGCACGUGCCGGCGGCGCACGGACUGACGACGGCGGCGGCCGUGAACCGCCGCGCGCCCGAAGCCGACGCCGCCGCCCCCGCAGCAAUCAGCCGCCCGC